AAAGAGGGGUGGGGGGGAAGGGAAACCGAAGCGGGAGACGUGCAGAAGAAAGAAAGAUGGGUGUCUUACUCUUCCUCCGCGUCUUCUUUCUUCUGCUAGUAGCAGGAGCUCCAACCGCGCAGGCCUGGGGGAAGGAGGGGCACUACAUGGUCUGCAAAAUAGCAGAGAAAUAUCUCACGAAGAAAGCGUCAGCAGCGGUGUUAGACCUUCUGCCGGAGUCUGCCGGAGGGGAUCUAGCGGCAGUGUGCUCGUGGGCGGAUGAGGUGCGGUUCCGGUACCGAUGGUCGAGCCCGCUCCAUUAUGCCAAUACUCCAGGAGUCUGCAACUUCGAGUAUUCAAGGGAUUGCCACAAUUCAAAAGGUGUGCAGGACAUGUGCGUGGUUGGAGCAAUUAACAAUUACACUACGCAGCUUUUGAGCUAUGGCGAUGCAUCGAGUGGAUAUAACCUGACAGAGAGUCUCAUGUUCCUCGCACAUUUCGUGGGAGACGUACAUCAACCACUCCAUGUAGGAUUCGCGGAGGAUGCGGGUGGUAAUACCAUAAUCGUCCAUUGGUACCGAAGAAAAAGCAACCUUCAUCAUGUGUGGGACGUUAACAUAAUAGAGACUGCCAUGCGUGACUUCUACGACAAUGAUCUGGGUAGCAUGAUCGAGGCCAUCGAGAUGAACAUCACUAAUGAAUGGUCUGAUGAAGUCAGUGGAUGGAAGCGAUGCAGCGCAACAACGUCGAUGACUUGCGCUGACAAGUAUGCCUCCGAGAGCAUAAGAUUAGCUUGUGACUAUGCUUAUAAGGAUGUCGAGCAAGAUUCCACUUUAGGAGAUGAUUACUUCUUUUCUCGGCUUCCUGUGGUGGAGAAAAGAAUAGCACAAGCUGGUGUGAGGUUGGCAUCACUACUCAACCGUGUUUUCCGUAAAACAGAAGAGGAUGAAGUUCUACAGCUCGUGGUGCAGAGUGUAGAUGAAGCCCAUGCGAUAUGACUAGCUGCUUAGACGCCAUUCAUCCUCUUAUAACUCAGCAGGUUUCAGAUCAUUACCAUCGUUUGUUGAUCCCACGAAGAUUCAAACUUGAUAUCAAUAAUAGGAGCCAAGUAUUGGAUUCUCUUGAAAUAAUGUAGAAGAUGCUAAAUUAGUUGAAUUCUGCAUCUGUAUCAACUCUUUUCUGAUUAAGCGUCGGAAUCAUGGCAUUUUUAUUUUUCAGAAAA